GGCUAUGCGGGGUCCCGAUGUCAGGAUAGCAUGUGUGGACAACACGGAUGCAUAUGUGCCGGCGGAUGGACGCAUAUCUCUGAGAAGAGCGUGUGCGACAUUGACAUUGACGAAUGCCAGCAAGGUGAUCUAUGUAGCGACAAAGGAAUCUGUAAUAACACUGAAGGCUCAUACGCGUGUGUUUGCCUUUCUGGCUGGGGAGGAGCCAACUGUUCAACUUAUAACUGUACCGUACGUGCUUGCAAAAAUGGUGGUACAUGCGUUGAUGGCCGCUGUAUUUGUACCAAGAAUUGGACGGGCAACGAUUGCUCGUCUUAUGUUCCGACAGAUACCGACUCAUUAGUUCCAGGUAUUGCUGACCGUAUGUUGCUGUACGGAAGUUGUGGACUGCUGAUGUUCUUGAUUAUACUAUUGCUCGUGUCUGUUUGGUGUGCAUGCAAGAAUAAAAAGCAACGGACAAUUUCCCCGAAUAGAACGAUGUGGACGAUGGACCAAAAUGGCCGGUUUCAACGUAAACUUUAUUCCAAUAAAACGCCAUCUGGCUACGGAGACCUGCCGUACCUGUGAU